AAAACAUGAGCUUGUAGCGUUACAUGAUAAAUACACAACCUUGUAGUUUGGUUGUUAUCUACCCUUUAAUAGCUAGCUAGCUAGCUCUAUGCUAGUUCUAUUAACUCUUUAGUCCAUACAGUAUCUACCCAGAAUCCAGCAAGAUCAUGGAUGAGAACGUUCAGUUCAGGCCAUUGUCCAUUCCGUUCGAUUCGAAUUCGAUGGUAUGGCAAUCUCCCUCUAGUACCCCCGGCCCCUCCACCCCAGCCCCCCCCCUACCCAGUCCCCUAGCACAGGUCACACCCACUCCCGACUUCCACCCUCCACUCAGACCAAACUACGGUCGACUCGGAAGACCCAUCAUACUCAAAGCCAAUCAUUUUAAGGUCCAAAUCCCCUCCUGCGUACUCUAUCACUAUGACAUAUCUAUAAUACCCGAGAAGUGCCCCAGGCGUGUGAACAGAGAGAUAGUAGAAACACUAGUACAGGUACAUGGCGAGUAUUUCGGUCGACAAAAGCCAGUCUUUGACGGACGAAAAAAUCUCUACUGUAGAAGACCCUUGCCAAUUGGGAGAGACAAGAUUGAGGUUACAGUAUCACUACCUGGUGGUGAUGGGAAGGACCGAUCUUUCAGGGUUGGUAUCAAACACGUAGCUCAGGUCCAGCUGGAACAGUUGGAGAGAGUGCUGCGUGGUGACCAACCAGGAAUGCCCUUUGACUGCAUACAGAGUCUGGAUGUUGUAAUGAGACACCUACCCUCCAUGAGAUACACUCCUGUUGGCCGAUCGUUCUUCUCCCCUCCUGACGGGGACCCCCACCCCCUGGGUAGUGGGAGGGAGGUGUGGUUUGGGUUCCACCAGAGCAUCAGGCCGUCACAAUGGAAAAUGAUGCUCAAUAUCGAUGUGUCAGCCACUGCGUUCUACAAGCAGCAGCCAGUGCUGGACUUUCUCUGUGAAGUGAUGGAGCUAAGUAGCAUUGAAUGUCAGAACAGACCACUCUCAGACUCACAAAGAGUAAAGUUUGCCAAAGAAAUAAAAGGACUGAAAGUGGAAGUGACCCACACUGGCCCCAUUAGGAGAAAGUACAGAGUGUGCAACGUCACUAGGAGACCCGCUUCUGCACAAACGUUUCCGUUAACAGUAGAGUCAGGUGACACUUACGAUUGCAGCGUGUGGACGUACUUCAAGGAAAAGCACAAGCUUGAGUUGCGCUACCCACACUUACCAUGUCUGCAAGUAGGGCAAGAGAAGAAGCACACCUACUUACCAUUAGAGGUAUGUAACCUGGUGCCAGGGCAACGUUGUAUCAAGAAGCUGUCAGAGAUGCAGACCUCACGUAUGAUUAGAGCCACAUCGCGCACUGCCCCCGACAGAGAGAGAGAAAUAAACAGACUGGUGGCACGAGCCAACUUCAACGAUGAUCCAUACGUACGAGAUUUUGGCAUCUCAGUAGAGCAGAAAAUGGUGAAUGUUAACGGACGUAUACUCCCUCCUCCUCUGUUGCAGUAUGGUGGAAAGAGUCGUAUCCAAGCCCAGCCAGACAAGGGAGUGUGGGACAUGAGGGGCAAGCAGUUCCAUCGCGGUGUUGAGAUACACCAUUGGGUUCUCCUCACCUUCGCCCAGGUCCGUUUUUGUCCAGAGGACAAGAUCAGACAAUUUGUGUUCCAGUUGCGCCGCAUCAGCAACGAUGCUGGGAUGCCUGUUAUCAAGGACCCGUACUUCUAUCGUUACGUGAGUGGGCUGGAAAAUGUAGAGCCGUUGUUCAGACAGCUGAAGCAGGAGAGACCCGAGCUACAGCUGAUCAUGGUCAUUCUGCCCGGGAAGACCCCCGUUUAUGCCGAGGUGAAGCGUGUGGGUGAUACAAUGCUGGGUGUGGCCUCGCAGUGUGUCCAACUUAAGAACGUUGUGCGUCCCUCCCCCCAAACUCUCUCCAACCUCUGUCUCAAGAUCAACGUCAAAUUGGGUGGAAUUAACAGCAUUUUGGUGCCUGGAAUAAGACCAGCCGUGUUCCAGAGUCCAGUUAUCUUUAUGGGGGCAGAUGUGACCCACCCCCCAGCCGGGGAUGACAGGAAGCCCUCCAUUGCAGCACUUGUGGCUAGUAUGGAUGGUCAUCCUAGUCGUUACAGUGCCACAGUGCGUGUGCAGUCACACAGACAGGAGAUCAUCAGCGAGCUAGCUGCCAUGGUCAGAGAGAUGCUCAUUCAGUUUUAUCAGAGCACUCGGUUCAAACCUCAUCGCAUCAUCUUCUACCGAGACGGGGUCAGCGAGGGACAGUUCCAACAGGUUCUACAGCACGAGCUCAGGUCAGUGAGAGAGGCUUGUAUGAAGCUGGAGGACGACUACCAACCUGGCAUCACCUUUAUUGUCGUACAGAAGAGACAUCACACUCGCCUGUUUUGUGCCAACCCUACGGAUAUGGUGGGUCGCAGUGGUAACAUUCCAGCUGGCACCACGGUGGACGUUGGUAUCACUCACCCCAGUGAGUUCGACUUCUAUCUCUGUUCGCACGCCGGCGUCCAGGGUACAAGUCGCCCCUCUCAUUAUCAUGUUCUCUGGGAUGACAACGACUUCACGGCAGAUGAUUUGCAGUGCCUGACCUAUCAGCUGUGUCACACCUACGUUCGCUGCACUCGCAGUGUGUCCUACCCCGCCCCCGCUUAUUAUGCUCACUUGGUGGCCUUUAGAGCUCGAUAUCAUCUGCAGGACACAGAGGAUAGAAGUAGUGGAGAUGGGUCUUCUGCUAGUCUACUAAGUGAUGAUGCGCGAUCUCCUCAAGCUAUGGCUUUGGCCAUCAAGGUACACGAAGAAAGUUCAAAAGUCAUGUAUUUUGCCUGAAACUGGAAAUAGUAUUUUUUUUUGUGAAUUCUCUUUUAUAUAUUUUUCUCAUGAAUCAUUUUGUGUUUCUGUUAGACUCAGGUAUAGUCUAUAGUUCUUCAGCCAAACUGUGUAUAUAUUACUACAACAUGAAGUAUUAUUAUAUUUAUGUGUGCUAUAGCAUAGCUCCUUAUGACCAUGUACAAGUAGGCUUCUUAUUCACCACCAUUUCUACAAAAUAUUAUUUUUUUGUGUGAAUGAAGAAUGAAAAAAUGAGUAUAAUUAUUGAUCACAG